UCAUGCUCUUCUUGCCUUGUCAGUUUCCUCAAUUCUCUAUGACUAUCGUUUUGUCUUCUCUGUGAUCGAGUGUUACCAGAAUAUUCGCUGUUAGUCACAAUAAUAUUAACAUCUCAAAAUGGCAGGUGCCACUAUGUUUGCACAGCUUAACAAGCCGUCUGAUUAUGCCAUGAAGAAAGUGGAAACAGAACAUGAUCGGAUUCUAGAACGUGAGGCCUUAAUUCUUUCGCAAGGCGAACUUUUGAAGAAAGAAGGUAAGGCCAAAGAAUUGGCUGCCCUAAUUAAAGAAACCCGACCUUUUUUAUCCGAAAUCAGUAAGGCCAAGGCGGCCAAAUUAGUACGGUCAUUGGUGGAUUUGUUCCUCGACCUCGAAGCGGGUAUUGGCAUCGAACUUCAAUUGUGCAAAGAGUGCAUAGAAUGGGCAAAAGAAGAAAGACGGACGUUCCUCAGGCAGUCUUUGGAAGCCCGUUUAAUGGCUCUUUAUUUCGAUUCAGGAAUGUUCAAAGAAGCUUUGCAGCACGGAUCUGCGCUCUUGAAAGAACUAAAGAAACUGGAUGAUAAAAAUUUGUUGGUUGACGUUUUACUAUUAGAGAGCAAAGCUUAUCAUGCUUUGAACAACUUAUCUAAGGCUAGAGCAUCAUUAACUUCUGCAAGAACAACAGCAAACUCAAUUUAUUGUCCUCCUAAAAUGCAAGCUUCUCUUGAUUUACAGUCUGGGAUUUUACAUGCAGCUGACGAACAAGAUUUUAAAACUGCAUAUUCUUAUUUUUAUGAAGCUUUUGAAGGUUUUGACAGUGUAGACAGUACCCCUAAAGCACUCAAGGCACUUAAGUACAUGCUUCUCUCAAAGAUUAUGUUAAACAAUGCUGAAGAUGUUCAGCAGAUUGUAAGCGGAAAAUUAGCAUUAAAGUAUACUGGACGUGAUGUAGAAGCAAUGAAAAGCAUAGCAAAAGCUAGUCAUAAACGAUCCUUAGCUGAUUUUCAAUCUGGAUUAAACGAUUAUAAAAAGGAAUUAGAAGAAGAUCCAAUAGUCCGAGCACAUUUAGAUACACUUUAUGGAAAUAUGUUGGAACAAAAUUUGUGUAGAAUUAUUGAACCAUACUCAAGGUAAAUUUCAUUUUUGGUUGGAAAAUUUCAAGGUAGAAAAAAAAAAUUAAAAUAUUGAAAAAGACAAAAUACAUUUGAGCUCUAUUUGACCAAUGUCCCAUGAUUGAAUUUUUGAUUUUCCUUUUCCCACAGUGAUACGACCAGAUUAGAAAUGAGCGUUUGAGGACUUAAAAGUUGUAUUCUCAAACACUGUCUAGGUACUCAGGUUCUAAGCUAAACUAAAAAUAUCAGAAAAUGUUGUAGAGGUUUUCUAUUAGUAUAGAAUCGUAUAGUAUAGUAAUCUGGUUUUUUUUCAAUAUUUUGAUUUUUUUGUUGUUUACCUUUAAAUCUAAAUUUCAAUCUAGAGUUUUUCUUAAUCCAUGCACUUAAAAUUAUAUACUUACAAAUUAUGAUGUUUCUAAUGUAUCUUUAAAUAUGGCAGUAAAUUAAUUUUGCUGUUUUUCAUUUAAAAUAUAAAAUGCAUAGGUAUACACUUAAUUUAUAACUAGUUAUAAUUUUUCAACCUAGAUUAUGCUUCAUUGCAGUUAAUUCCUAUCGUAAAAAUAUUAUUCAUUCAUUAAAUCGUUUGAAUACCAAAAAAAUUAAAUCAUUUACUGGAUUUUCACGGUUUUUAAAUUCUACUAUACCUAUUGCCAUUGUAAUUAUUAUAAAUUGUAUUCUUGUUAAUGUGUGCCAAAAUAUUUGCUAUUAUUACAUAUGCUAAUAACAAUUCAAAUUACUUUAUUUUUUUUAGAGUGCAAGUGAAAUUUGUUGCUAAAUCAAUAAAUUUACCAAUGGAAAAUGUGGAACGAAAACUUUCACAGAUGAUAUUGGACAAAAAAUUCCACGGUAUUUUGGACCAGGGUGAAGGUAUUCUCAUAGUAUUCGAAGAAGCUGAAAUCGACGAAACUUACGAAUUAGUUUUAGAUAAUAUUAAUAGCAUGGGCAAAGUCGUGGAUACCUUGUAUCAGACUGCCAAAAAAUUAACAUAAGUAGUUGAUGACAUUUUUAAUUACAAAGUUUAAUAAAUUAAAAAAUCUUAUAAUGUGAAACGGUAAUAUAAUAUAAAUCCAUGGUAUUCAAAUUUACCUAUUGUGUUUUCAGUUAAUAUUAAAUAAAUUCAUAUUAUGCAUUUUGAAAAACAUUGUAUUUGUUUAAUUUUCCGUUUUUUGUAAAAUCUAAUUUUUUUUUUGAAUCAAUUAAAGCGCAAUAAUUAGUAUUAGAUAUUGAAAUUUAAUUGCGCGUUUUCUUACCACUUGUAUUUUACUACAAACCAAAUAUUUUUCUCUUUGUAAAUAGCAUUAUUGUACAUUGAUUACUAAUCAUUAUGUGUUUUUGUUUUUCAUUACUAAUUUUUUUAUGAGAAUACAAAUUUGUAUCUUAUUUGGUAAUCACAUUAAUAAUCAAUAAAAUGCUGUAUUUAUUUAAACUUUGCAAUU